AUGUCACAUUUUCUCUUUAACAUUGUGGCAGAAGGGUUGAAUAUGUUAUUCGAAAGGGCUAAAGCAUUGGGGCUGAUCAAAGGAGCUAUUAUAGGUCAUGGGCAAAUUAUUGUCACUCAUCUGCAAUUUGCAGAUGAUACAGUGGUGUUCUGUAAGGCUAAGGAGCAGGAAGUUUUGCAUGUCAAAAGAAUUCUGAGGUGCUUUGAGGUGAUGUUUGGCUUGAGGAUCAACUUUCAUAAAAGUCAUGUUUGUGGGGUUGGAAUACAGAAGGAGGUUUUGGCUGAUUUUGCUGUGCAAUUGAACUGCCAGAAUCAAAAGCUGUCGUUCAUGUAUAUGGGUUUGCCACUUGGUGCUAGCCCAAAGAAGAGGAGCACCUGGUUGCCUGUGAUCAACAAAUUCAAAUCUAAGCUUGCUUCUUGGAAGAAAAAGUUGCUUUCUUUUGGGGGAAGGUUAACACUAAUCAAAACAGUGUUAUCCUCAUUACCAGUUUAUUACCUCACUAUAUUUAAAGUACCUGUAGGUGUGGCUAAGCAGCUUGAUAAAAUUCAAGCCAAGUUUUUGUGGGGAGGGUCAGAAAUUAAAAAGAAGCUUCAUAUGGUAAAAUGGGAGAAGGUUACCAUGAAGAAAAGUUUGGCAGGGCUGGGAAUGAUGUGGGUCAAGGGUUGGGGUCAGCUAGGUGGAUCUGGAACAAUAUUUCCCCACCAAAAGUGCAAUUCUUUGGACGGCUCGCUUGGAAGGUGCCAGUUUGCUUGGAAGAUAUGGACAAAUAUUCUAAAUUGGUGGGGUAUGCAAUGGGUGGUCCCUGAAAAUGCUAAAGGUGUGAUGGACUGGUCGAGAGGGAUCAGAUGGGGAGACAGUUCUGGUCUUCCCUGCUGUUCGAAGCUCAAUGGGUUAGAGCUGGUGAAGAAUUAUGUUGAUGUUUGCUUUGGUUGUGUUGUUGGUGAAGAAUUAUGUUGA